CGCGCGAUAGCACAGCCGCAUAUUCACUAAUCUAUCUACGCACUUUUGAGAGCGUAUCCACAGCAAUGGGAGUGUCGGGUGACGCCGGGGCUUCGCUCACCGAAACGGUAUCCAGAGAAAGACGGACUAUACUGCUCAAACCUGUUAAUGCUGAUUCUGUCUGAAUCUGCUUGCAGCAGUGUUAGAACAUGAAGAAUGUUCACAUUAAUGCCCAAGACUGACUUCAACAAAACCAUGAGGAGCACAAGGGGACGUUCACUCUUUUGGUUCCACUAGCAGGAAUUGUGUAUGUCAAUGUUGAGGAGCGUUUGUGGGUGGAUGUGUGAGUGCGUGUGUGCGCGUCUGUAUGUGUGCGUAUGCUAGCAUAACCUGCCUGCUUCAGGCAGUGGCAUGCUACUCUGAGGGCAACCAUACUGUAAAGGAGUCCCAUCCACCGAAGGAUUAAUGCAAGAACGACGCUUUCGGUGAUACCCACCACGUCUGCAGAAGACAUCGGUUUCUGCUCUUCAAAAAUCAUCAGUAUAUAGACACUUUUAAACCCCUUCACCCGUUUUGUCUUCUCGCCACCAUCCCCACACGUUUCCUGGGGGUUGUUUUGAAACUUCUCUGUUUUGCAUGGCAGGGGAGUAACCGUGGAGAGGCCAGGGUAUCACAAGCUUAUGGAUUUUGAGAAGAGAGGUGGGAAGGGAGAGACAGAGGAAGGGAAAAGGAUGUCGAAAACAGCAAGUAGUAGGACUGGACAUGGGGGCCGGGGAACGGGGACCAACUCUGGGGUCCUUAUGGUUGGCCCCAACUUCAGAGUUGGGAAGAAGAUCGGCUGUGGAAACUUCGGCGAACUGCGGCUAGGCAAGAACCUCUACACAAAUGAAUAUGUGGCCAUCAAACUGGAGCCAAUCAAAUCCAGGGCACCUCAGCUCCAUUUGGAGUAUAGAUUUUAUAAACAGCUGGGAAAUUCAGAGGGAGUUCCUCAGGUCUUCUACUUCGGCCCUUGCGGGAAGUACAAUGCUAUGGUUCUGGAACUGCUUGGACCCAGUCUGGAGGACCUGUUUGACCUCUGCGACCGCACUUUCUCCCUCAAGACCGUCCUAAUGAUAGCUAUUCAACUGAUAACACGGAUGGAGUAUGUUCAUACGCGGAACUUGAUAUAUCGAGACGUCAAACCAGAGAAUUUUUUGGUGGGGCGGCCGGGGUCUAAGAGGCAGCACACCAUUCAUAUCAUUGACUUCGGGCUUGCCAAAGAAUACAUGGACCCUGAGACCAAAAAACACAUCCCAUACCGAGAGCAUAAGAGCCUGACUGGCACUGCCCGGUACAUGAGUAUCAACACACAUUUGGGAAAAGAACAAAGCAGAAGGGACGACCUAGAAGCACUGGGCCAUAUGUUUAUGUACUUCCUGAGAGGCAGUUUGCCCUGGCAGGGCUUGAAGGCGGACACACUGAAAGAACGUUACCAGAAAAUUGGCGACACCAAGCGAGCAACGCCGAUCGAAGUGCUAUGUGAAAGUUUCCCAGAGGAAAUGGCCACCUAUCUGAGAUACGUGAGACGACUGGACUUUUUUGAGAAACCGGAUUACGACUACCUGAGGAAGCUCUUCACAGACCUCUUUGACAGGAAUGGCUACGUCUUUGAUUACGAGUACGACUGGGUCGGCAAGCCUCUCCCUACACCUAUAGGCCCCAUCCCCACAGACACACCCCAGCCGAGCGGCAGAGACAAAGCACAACCGCAGACCAAAAACCAGGUCAUGAGCUCCACGAAUGGAGAGCUGAACACAGACGACCCAACCGCAGGACACUCCAACGCUCCCAUCACCGCACCCGCUGAAGUAGAGGUGGCAGACGACACAAAGUGCUGUUGUUUUUUUAAGAGAAGAAAGAGGAAAGCUCUCCAAAGGCACAAGUGAAGCGCGCUCUUUGAAAAGAACUUGAAACAUUCUGGUCACUGUUAAGUUUGAAAUGCAAGCAAAUACACGGAUCUCUCUCUCUCUCUCUCUCUCUGUCUUUCUCUCUAACUCUCUCUGUG